AUGGCCAGGGAAUCUCAUCUCGAUUGUACGUUGCAUAGUGCCGGCACAACAAUUGCAGGCCCUUGGAGUGAAGUGAUGGAGUUAAUUGGACAGAUGCAUGAAACUUUGCAUAAAAAUGGGGUAGUAAGGAUUCAGAGUGACAUAAGAGUUGGUUCUAGAGUGGAUAAGAAGCAAUCACCUCAGGAUAAGAUUGAUGUGGUUGAAUCUAAGUUGAAACAGUUAAAUAAAGAAUGA